CAGACAUAUGAUAUGGAGUACCGUCUCGUCGCUCCCUAGAAAAACAUAUGCAGGCGUGCGAUGGCAUUUGGUAUUCGUCUAAAGAGCUCCCUGGGGCGUUUGGAUGUGGGCCUUUCUCCAGCUGUUUGCAAAGAUACGUCGUCAUCCUUGGGCAUGCCUGGCUCGCUUGCUUCUCGGAUCAGGUGACGUAGGGAGGACGCGAGGAUAUAUACUCUGCAGCCCGGCUCGCUCACUUCUUCUCUUUAGUCUUCCUGCCCCCAAAUCACUCAGAAAAUGGUUCAGUCCAACACCCAUAGAGUGUCUGCUUCUGCUCCUCGAAAACCCAUUGAAGACUUCCUAUAUGGGCUGUGUGCCUCUGCCUUUCGAAAUUUGUCAAGCCGCCGGGCAUGGAGUUUGGUGCUGGCUGUCACGAAAUCGCUGCGAUGGAAGAGUGUGGAGCGCCUGUCCAUCCUGGUUGAAAACCCGCGAAAUUCACGUCAUGGAGUCUGUCUGCCUUUCGAAAAUACACCGAUCGUAAUCUCAUAAGUGUGCGCCUAGCCCGUCAAAAGUAGACGUUGGCGGAGUCAUGUGUCGUGGAAACGCUGGUGGCAUUGCUAGCCUGCACUCGUACGCAAAGAACGAAAAGGCAUUCCUGAGCUUUGAUGACGGCGACAAGAAGCAGAUUGA